AUGUCACGAAUCCUAUGUGUGGCCGAAAAGCCAGCCAUUGCAAAGGCCGUGGCUCAACAUCUGUCCGGAGGAUCCUUUCAAACAGUCUCGAUUCGCGGAAGUCCAUAUGUUAAGAAUUAUCUCUUUGACUUCAACUUCGGGAACCCUUGGGGCACCUGUUCGGUUACCAUGACCAGCGUUAUCGGUCACUUGACAGCCCUCGACUUUGAAAGUAACUAUAGGGGAUGGACAUCCUGUCCGCCUGGGGCGCUGUUUGAGGCUCCAGUACAAGAGUCUGUGGCCCAUGAUAAGAAAGCAGUCGCACGAAACAUCGCGGAACAGGCUGCGCGAUCCAAAGCCCUGUUUAUCUGGACCGACUGUGAUAGAGAAGGAGAGCAUAUCGGCACAGAAGUCCGGAAAGAGGCACGGCGAGGGAAUGCACGAAUUCUGGUCAAGCGGGCGAAAUUCAGUAAUACUGAAAGGGCUCACGUCCUACAGGCUGCUCGGGCAUUGAUUGAGCUUGAUGAACUUCAAGCCAACGCUGUAGCUGCGAGAAUCGAAUUGGAUUUGCGAAUUGGGGCCGCAUUUACGCGUCUACAAACCCUACAGCUGCAGAACCUCUCACCAAUCCUAGCAGAACAACCCAUUAGUUAUGGAUCCUGCCAAUUCCCCACACUAGGCUUCGUCGUCGACCGCUACUUACGAGUGAAGAACUUCAAACGGGAGAAAUUCUGGGGCAUCAAAGUAAUGUACACCCGAGACGAUGUCAAAGUCAAUUUUCUCUGGAGACGGGUCCAUCUAUUCGACAGAGCCGCCGUGACAAUCAUGCUCGAACGGUGUCUGGCAGUAAAGAAGGCCAAGGUCGUCAAGGUGAACCAGAAGCCUACCAGCAAAUGGAGGCCUUUGCCAUUGACGACGGUGGAUUUGCAAAUGAUGGGAAGUCGAUAUCUGCGUAUGGACAGUCAGAAAAUCAUGAAGAUCGCAGAGGGUCUUUACACGAAAGGUUUCAUCAGCUAUCCGCGUACAGAAACAGACCAGUUCGACAAGGCCAUUGAUCUGAAGAAGCUCGUUGAGAAGCAAUUCCCCGAUAAUAACUGGGGCCAAUAUGCACGAGACCUCAUCAACGGCAAAUUUAGAACUCCCCGCUCAGGCCGCCACAACGACCGUGCUCAUCCCCCAAUCCAUCCGGUCUGCUGGGUCGCACCAUCGGCGCUUCCCACCGCAGACGAUCGAAAAGUCUACGAGUUCGUCGUCCGGCGGUUCCUUGCCUGCUGCUCUGAAGACGCUAAGGGCCAAAGCACGGAGAUCGAAAUCCAGUACGGCGACGAGUUCUUCCACGCCAACGGGCUGACCGUCUUGGAAAGAAACUAUCUGGAUGUAUACGUGUACGAUAAAUGGGAGAGCAGCCAGCAGCUGCCGAAAUUCGAACCAGGGGAGAUGUUUGAGCCCACGGAGGCCAAGAUCUUUGAUGGAAAGACGUCGCCUCCGAAUUAUUUGACUGAACCUGAACUUAUUGGUCUUAUGGAUGCGAAUGGUAUCGGCACCGAUGCUACCAUGGCCGAGCACAUUGCUAAGAUCAAGGACCGGCAAUACGUCGCAACACGGAAUCGAGGAUCAGGUCGGAGUUCGGUGCAGGAACUCAUCCCGACGCAGCUGGGUGUCGCGUUGGUUGAGGGAUAUGAUAAUGUCGUGACUGGAUUGCCGGAUAGUCCUUCGUUGAGUAAACCGUUUCUGCGUAAGGAGAUGGAACUGCGCAUGCGAGAGAUUUGUGCGGGAACCAAGACACGGCAACAGGUUGUCUUUGAGAGUCUCGAUAUGUAUCGGGAGGUGUUUAUCCAUACGCAGAGACGGAUCAAUAUGCUCAAGGAUGCUUGUCGGAAGUAUCUAAUAGAGGGUGCGAUGUCGUGA